AAAAUAUUGUGAUUAAUAAUCAUAAUAAUAGUAGAAAGCAAGUUAAGUAGGCCCAAUUGAUUUUUAACAAUUGAACUUUUAAAACGAAAAAGAAGGCAUCUGCCCUUGCUGUUCAAGGACUAUUUACAGGUCAAAAUUAAGUUUAAGCAGUAAUAAUGCUUAAUUAUCCCAUUUAGGAGUAGGAAUUACUCUUUAUUUUAACUUUACGAAAUUCACAAUAUUUCUCACUUUAAUUAUAUUCUUAACAUCUGGUUUGUAUAAUUUAAUUACAAAUAUAUAUCGUGGGGAGAACUGCUCUAGUAGUUUCUAAGCUAAGUAAACAAUUUGUUAUAGAUACAUUUGCCAAAGCAAUUGGAUAACUAUCAUGACAGCUGGUAAUAAGAAAAAUGAAGCAAGUUUAUUAUAAAAUUAAGAAUUAUUCAAUAUUUUUACUGUUUGUGUUGCUGUAUUAUGUUUUUAAUACUUCAGAUACUACAUUAGAAAAGCUGACGCUAUCACUUAUAAAGUUGAUAAUUCUGCAGAAGACUAUACUUUGCUAGUUAAAGAAAUUCCAGUAAUUAAAAAUCCUAAUUAUGAGAGCUACCUUUAAGAUUUAAAAAUUUAUUUGUAACAAUGUUUGAUAGAAGAUUUAUACACCUCAAUAUCUAAGAUAAACUUUUGUUAUAAUUUAGUUGAAUUACAGGCAAUUUAAAAAAAAAAGGAAGAUAUCUUAAAAUAAAAAAGAGCAGCAACUAAAUAGAGAUACAUUCAUGGUAAAUAUUAACCAGGAUUCAGUAUUUCUUUACUUGAUUAAGAGUUAGAAAUAGUUGAAUCCUAACUAACUUCCCUAAGUAAAAAAUUUUAUGACUCCAAUGAUGAAUAAACAUUCUCUAGUAAAUUUACAGGAUGGGCGUUUGUUUCUAUUGAAUUUGCGAAAUAUCUUUACAAACCCUCUGAUCUGAUUUUGGGUACUUCUAAAAAGUUGAAUUACAGCGGAAAGAAGUUAUAAAUUCAAAAGCCACCUGCUCCCACUGAUGUAUUUUGGGAAAAUCUUCAUAUUCAUAACCAAAUAUGUUUACUGUUUGGUUGUUUCUUACUAGUGAAUUACAUUUUAAAGCAAUAAUAAACAGUUAAAAACAGUAAAAAAGUUUUUUUCUAUAAUAAUGAGGUCACUCUUCAAAUAUUUGGAGUUUUAAUAUCUGUAAUCAUCAACGUUAUGAACAUGAUCUUAGAAGAGCUUUGCAUCUUUUUUACGCAUUUUGAGAAAUAAAAAACAAGGACUGAAUAUUACACAAGUGCUAUUUAUAAGAUAUCUUUGGCCUAAUUUAUAGUCUCUGCGUUGAUUAUUUUUGUAAGUUAGAUGUUUUACUUAGGUUAAGGUGGAAGCUAUUUUUAAAAGAUAUUUGAUAAAGGUGGCUUAGUAUAUAAUAUUUAAUACUUGUUUAUCACAAGUACAAUCAUGGGAUCUUUCUUACAGUUUUUGAACAUCCCUGGUGUUUUUAAAGCUAUUAAAAGAUAUUUUGCAGUGAUUUCUUGUAAGAAUGAAACUAAUUUUUCGACUUAAGAAUAACUCCAUUAAUUAUUCGAAAAUCCUGAAUUUGAUAUCAUUGGUAAGUACAGCAGACAACUAAAAACAAUCUUUUUAAUGGCUUUCUAUGCUCCAAUAAUACCUGCUUGCUUGCCAUGGGUAGCAUUUACUCUUUUACUCAACUAUUUUUUAGAUAAAUAUGAACUAAUAUAUAGAAGAAUAGUGAAGUAUAAUAUUAGUAAUGAAAUUACUAUAGAAAUGACUGAAUUAUUAGAACUUACAAUUAUCAUUUUUUGUGUUGGUAAUGUAUUCUUUUCUGUCUUCGUAUGUGAUAACAAUAUGCUAAGCUUACAAGGUAUUUAUCAAUUUAUUUCAUGUGGAAUUGGCUUAGUAAAUGCAAUUUUACCUAUGCAAUUAAUAAAUAAAAAACUAUUUGAUGUAGCAAAGGCAACUCCUAAUGAAUAAUCUUACUAUUAAAUCGAAGAUAAAUUUAUCACUGACUAUGAGAGAGAAAACCCAGCAACAAAAUUAAUAGCCAAAUAAAUAAUCAAAGAUAGAAUAAAAGAGAAAAAAAAUAAAUAAAGUGGAAAUGAAGAUCCAAAUACUCCUUUAUCAAGAUUUCUUAAUAUAAAAGAUGAUUAAACUUUUGAACAAACGCCAUCAACAAGAAAAAGAAAAAGAUAAAAUAAAAUGGGUAGUCCUUGA